AUGAACAUCGAAGUCCCUCCACCAUCAACGCUCACUAUUUCCUCACACAACCAGUAUCAAUCUCCACCUUUUGGACCUACUCAUGUUCACGCCGACCCCCUCUCGCAGUUUCGCCUCUGGUUCUCCAUCGCCCAAUCCCCCUCGUCAUCCGAGCAAGGUCAAGCCUCUGCUUCCAAUCCAACAUUUAAGCCAAAGUCGCGUGUACAAGAGCCAGAGGCCAUGUCGCUCUCUACCGCCACUGCGUCUGGCAUCCCCUCAAGCAGAAUGGUGCUGCUAAAGGAGAUUGACGACAAGGGCUUCGUCUUCUUCACCAACUACACCUCUAGAAAGUCUCGGGAGCUCAUACAGAACCCAAACGCCGCUCUGUGCUUCUACUGGAGAGAGACCCAUCAGCAAAUCCGAGUCGUGGGUCGUGUGGAGAAGCUUGAACCAGCUGCCAGUGAUCAGUACUACAGUUCAAGGCCGUUGAAUAGUAGGGUGGGUGCAUGGGCGAGCCCUCAGAGCCAGACUAUAGGCGAAGACGAACUGCAAGAGCGGGUGGAGGAAGUGAGACAGCGAUUUGGCCUCAAAGACGAAAUAGAAGCAUCUAUCCCUAGACCAGAGUUUUGGGGCGGCUGGAGAGUGAUUCCACAGGAGGUAGAGUUUUGGAGUGGAAAGCCGAGUCGGCUUCAUGACAGAGUCCGCUAUACACGCAGGGAGGCACCAGCACCCGACGCGCCGUUAUGGAUCAUCGAGAGGUUAGCUCCUUAA